AUGAAGAAGAAUCAUUUCUUCCUGCUAUUAUUGGGAGUUCUUGCUUCAAACGUUGCAGCCGGACAGAACAAUGAAUUAUACAUCCCGUUAGAGAGUGACAAUCAGUUUCCCCCGGAAAAGCAUUCAGAUAUCGAGGACGGUACCAUUGAAGGCAGUGGCAAUGGUUUUGUUGAAGAACCAGGAGGCACAACAACUGAGUUUGGGAUAAUACCGAAAAUCGAAGACAUCAAACCUUCUGUACUCUUAGAAGAAGAAACGCCUUCAACAUCUGAUUCUGAUGUCGCCUGUCCAAAACCAUGUGUUUGUAACAUAGAAGGAGAUUCAAAUAAUUUCAUCGUAGAUUGUUCAGGAUAUGGUCUAACAGAAUUCCCAUCUUUCAUAGAUCCAAGAACAACUACAUUGAAUGUGCAGAAUAACAAACUAACUGCAAUACCUAAAGAAAUAUCUGUUUUAAAGAACUUAAAAGUGCUGAAUGCGAACAAUAAUGAAAUCAUGGAACUGGCACCUGGUUCAAUCAGCGAGCUGCCCGAAUUAGUGAUACUGAAACUUGCAAAUAACCGACUCAUAGAAUAUCCCAGGGAUUUGAAGAAUAGCCUUAUUCUUACAAAAUUAGAGGAAUUAGACUUGGGAGGCAACGACAUGAGAACUAAACUGGCAUCAGAUUCAUUCCUGCAGUUUAAGUCUUUGAAAAAACUUACUCUUGCGACAUCGUCACCAGAAUUAGUAGAUGAAUUGUGUGCAUCUUUGAAGGAUGCUUUAGAGACGGUCUGUACUGGAUCCUGCGAAACGCAAACAUAUGAUUGCCCUAAUACGCCCCAAAACAUUGAUGAAGACCUAAUUGAUGCCACACUACCCGGAAUGAUUGCAUUUAACACUGAAAUCGAAGAUGGCGAUCCAGCUGUAGAUGUUCCAAGUGAUGACGGAAACGUGGCAACUGAAAAACAACAAGCAGUAACAGAACCAUCAUCUUCAUCAGAAUCAUCGAGUACAGCUAAGACGACUUCUACUCCUGGAGAAAAAACCCAACCAGUUAGCGAAUUUUCUCUACGUACAGCCGUAAACAAAGAACCAGCUUCAGACGUGAAAUUAAAUUCCUUUGUAAACAAGCCUGAAGAAGAAAUUGACAAGUCUAGCAGUGAAGGACCAGAUGUGAAAAUAGGUGCUAAAACUUCAAGUACAAACACUGGUGGAGUAGACAAAAGUGUGAUUGGUAUCAUCGUAGCUGCCAUGGUCGUUAUUGUAGCUGUUAUUACAAUAACAAAGAACUGGAGUUCAAUCAGAAAACGGUUUGGUACUUCAAGACCGCCUAACAAUCGCACUGAAGCAACUGCGAAUGGCACAUCGCCAGAGGAAGUUCCCUUACAGGACAAGUUGCCAGUGUAA